AGUACCACGAGAUCCUCGUGAACAAGCUUCUACUUUUAUAGGCACAAGGAACACAAGAAGUAGAAAGAAUAACUAUCAAUUUACCUCUUCAAGAUUAUCAAUUCAAUCCCAAAAAAGGUAGUUGACUUGGAUAAAACUCCAUAGAUUGAGAAACCAAGAUCAUCAUAAUCAAUGGAGGUAAUAGUGAUGCCAUUUCACAGCCAAGGUCAUAUGAACACCAUGUUACAAUUCGCCAAACGUUUAGCGUACAAAGGCAAUGAUAGCAUUCAAAUCACACUUGCCACCGCCCUUUCCACCACCCAAAAGAUGUCCAACUCUAACAACGACUUCAACUUCAUUCGUUUAGAAACCAUUUACGAUGACUCCAACGAAACCGGACUCAACUUCCAAGCCCGAAUGAACAAGUUCAAGAUCGAAGCAUCAGUCCAACUCGACCGCCUUAUUACUGCGACUCUCAGCAGAUCAUCUGGUACCAAAUGUUUGCUGAUUUACGACGCUAAUAUGGAGUGGGCAUUGGAUGUGGCCAAGAAAUGUAAUGUACUGACUGCAGCUUUUGUUACUCAGGGCUGCGCUUAUGUAGCGUCUUUUUACCCUUUGUUUCUGCAGGAGUAUCCUCAUGUUGCUGCUGCCGAUGUAUUUGUUGAUCCUCCUUUGUCGGUACCGAUUCUGUCAGAGGAGGAGCUGCUGAAAGGCCUGCCUGGCCUGCAAUAUUUGUCUUCCACUUCCUCGAAUUCCGAUUAUUCAGGUGCUGAUUUUGGUAAAAAGCCGAUUCAUCUUCUCAUUCGAAUGGUGCUUGUGUCUAUGGAGAAUCUUCAUCUUGCUGAUUGGGUUCUCUUCAAUUCCUUUGAUCAACUUGAGGAUGAGGUUGUCAAGUGGAUGAAAAACCUGUGGCAUGUGAGGACUAUUGGACCCACACUGCCAUCUGAAUACCUUGAUAAACGUAUUGAGUAUGAUGUUAACUAUGGUUUUAGCCUCUACAAGCCAAAUGAUGAGGCUUGCAGGAACUGGUUAAACGCCAAACAAGCUGCCUCAGUUGUGUAUGUUGCAUUUGGCAGUGCUGCUAGUUUGAGCGUAGAUCAGAUGACAGAAAUGGCAGAGGCCUUAAAGCAAAACCCAAGCAGUUUCUUGUGGGUAGUAAGGGAAGGUGAGCAGAAAAAGCUCCCUAAAGAUUUCAUUAGUGAAACAUCAGAUAAAGGUUUGGUGAUAUCUUGGUGCGCCCAAUUGGAUGUCCUAUCACACGAAGCAGUGGGAUGUUUUGUAACCCAUUGUGGCUGGAAUUCAACAAUUGAGGCGUUGAGCUUUGGGGUUCCGAUGUUGGCAAUGCCACAAUUUAUGGACCAACUGAUUGAUGCUCAUUUUGUUGAUCAAGUUUGGGGUGUUGGAAUAAGGCCUAAGAAGAAUGAGGAUAAUAUUGUUACUUGCGAGGAAAUAAAGCACAGCCUUGAGGAAAUUAUGCAUGGACAAAGAGCAGAGAAAAUUAAGGAGAAUGCAGCAAAGUGGAAAGCCUUGGCUAGGGAAGCAGUCAGCGAGGGGGGCAGUACGGAUAAGCAUAUUGAUGAAAUCAUUAACCGGCUUGCAUCCUUGUAAGGGUUGUUUAAUGCUUUCAUAGGCAUCAUUAUUUCCGAUUUUAUUUGCUUAAUUGUAUGAGAACACUCCAAGACUUAGCCUGUAGACUUUUCAUUCAAGGUUUCAAACUUAAUAACUUCCCAUUUACAGCUGCUGUAGAAUGUUGGUGUUAAAUUGUAAGUAUGGAAGGGCAUUAUGUAUUAUGAUCUAAUGAUGGCAAUUAGUUUUUUUUUUUUUUUUUUUUUUUUUUUUUUUUCUGUAAAUGUAUUACUAGCAUGCAAUCUCUUGUACUUUUUAUCUGACUUCUAUGAUCAAGAGCACCAGCGAUUAAUCUC